UCAGCUUAGACUCAGUCUCAGUAGUCAGUGACAGUUACACGAAGUUAUAUAUACUGAUAUACAUAACAAUCAUCGUUCGUAGCAAGGAGUGUUUUGAUUUUCGAAAACGGUCUUUUACUUAUGUAGUGACAGUGCUUUUAUUGAUCACUGCUUUCACAGUUGAUAUUUUAUAAGGAAAGACAACGCUAAUUAUUAAAAACAUUGUCAACGUCGUCAAAAAGUGGUUGAUCACACCUUCGUUUGCAUCAUCUAAUUUUGCGGGGCUUUCAUCAUGCCUAUUUUAUACAGUGUAGUAGCUCGAGGACCAGUCGUACUGGCAAAGUUUGCUGCUUGUGAAGGAAACUUUGAAGAGGUCACAGAGAAAAUCCUUGCAAAAAUACCGCCAGAAAAUGAUAAGUUAACGUAUACUCAAGGGCCUUACCUAUUCCAUUAUAUCUCUGAAAACAAUAUUAUCUACUUGUGCAUUACAGAUGGAGAUUUUCAAAAAUCGAGAGCAUUUCUGUUUCUUACCGAAGUUAAGAGAAGAUUUUUGGCUGUUUAUGGGGAUGGAGCACAAACUGCAGUGGCAUACUCAAUGAACACAGACUUCAGCAGAAUUUUAGCCAACGAAAUGAAAUAUUAUAGGGAGUCCAAUCAUGAGAUCGACGUGAUAUCAAAAGUUCAUGGAGAACUGGAUGAAUUAAAAGACAUAAUGGUACAGAAUAUUGAUAGUGUCGCCAUGCGCGGAGAGCGGUUAGAACUACUUGUAGACAAGACGGAUCGUUUAACUGACAAUUCGGUUACCUUCAGAAAAACCAGCAGGAACCUGGCACGCUCGUUGUUCUGGAAGAACGUUAAAAUAUACGUAAUCAUUGGCGCGAUUGUUGUUGUCGCCAUUUAUGUUAUUGUAUCUAUAUCUUGUGGUGGGUUGGCUUGGCAGAAGUGUGUAGGAAAGUAAUUGAAACAACCAACACACAGACAAUUAAUUAUCACUGAAGAUUCCUAUCGACACAGCGUAUUGAUCUGUCGAUACAUCGAUACAAUGUUUUUGUGUGAAUCGAGGGGGAGGGGGGCACGGGAAAAUAUCCUCGUUUUACAUUGUGUAUAUAAUAAACUGAAGGAACAAGGUUCGAACCUGCAAUACUAGAUGAAACACGAAUUAGGAGAAUUAUAUAUAUAUAUAACGCUUAUAUUAUUUUUAUUAUAUUAUCGAGAAGAUACAUCGGUAUCGUUUCUAUAACUCUAUAAGCGAUAAGUAUAAGUUUCAUGUCGCCUAUGUAUAUUGUAUCAUAUAAAUGCGUUCCGCGAACGAAUAAAAACAAUGCUACACGACUGGA